AUGCUAGAGAAUUUUCUCAGACCCAAAUUGAAUAUGCUCCACGAUACGGAAAAUGUUUGGUUUCAACAGGAUGGGGCAACAGCCCACACUUCUCGACGUGUGAUGGGAAUUUUGAGGGAGAUGUUUCCUGGUCAUUUAAUCUCAUUGCGUGGUGACAUCGGUUGGCCUGCCCGAUCACCUGAUUUAAAUACUUGCGAUUUUUUCCUCUGGGGAUACCUCAAGUCAAAGGUAUAUAUUAAUCGCCUUCGAUCUAUUGAACAACUUAAAGAUGCCAUUCGUCAAGAAAUUGCUGCCAUUCCUCAUGAAAUGAUCCGCCGAGUUAUGGACAACUUUCAUGAACGCCUUCGACAGUGUGUGGACAAUGACGGCUCCCAUUUGACUGAUUUAAUUUUUAAAACCAAAUGA